UAAAAACCAAAUCACUUCCGGCAGUGCCUACUAUGAUGCAACAAGAAGACUGGAGUUUGGCUUCAUGUGGGGUGAUAUCAUUCAAGCGUGUCCGACUCGUUUUUUUGGAUAUGUUUAGACCAGACCAAUCAAUCAGGAUCGGCCUGUCCGACCAGCAUGCAUCAUCGAUCGAUCAUGUAACCCGAUAUCCGAGAGCACUUUGGGCAUACUGGAUUAGGCAUACGAGGCGUGUUUGGAGGCGUUGCAGCAGUGAUCAUGAUGGCAGCCUGCCGAAUGUGGAGAGCGUGAUCUUGUCAAUGAGCGGUUACACCGGUUACAUGCGGUUACACUCCCCAAGUCCAUGUCAGCAAGAUGGAGAAAUGCCUGUGCUCAUUGAGAAAUUAGGACAGCACGCUUUUUCGAUUAUCGCGCGUCUCCUAGACCUGUGUUUAAACCACAUCAUGAUGAUCUUACUGAUGGAAUUCCUAAACCGAUACAAGUGUGGCAAGAAUAGCAAUGCGUCACGAGAACGGCAUUGGAAACAAGUUCCUAACAUCACGAACAGCUUUAACCUGUACAGCGUUCAGAUACACGUCCAUCGAGUUCGCUACUCAAUCGCACCCGUCCAAUAUGCCCUUCGUCUCAGACGAUCCCAGCUGGUGGCCGUUAAUCAAUGAGUUGUAUGGUUUCAGCUAUUUUGUAGGCUGCGGUUGCGCAGUUUCCGCAUCUGCUGCAGUUAUAUAUGACUGGGGUGAGCAAGAUGGCACCGAUCACCGCUGGUAUCCUUAUGACAUUUUCAGCUUUGACAUUCGGACAAGAGUUCGAACUGAUCUGGAUGCAACGUUGGUCCUGCAUGACUCUUCUAUAUAUCAGUGUACGUAGCUUAUAUUAUAACCACAAUUGGC